AAUCCUCAUUCUUCAUCCCUCAGCCAUCCGAGCUUCAAUCUUACUCACCUUCGCUUUGUUGCACCCAACACGCACUAUUUUACACACUCAAUUUCAGCUAAGCAUUUUCACAAACACAAAGCAGGCAUAAUGAGUGGGAUAUUGAAACAACCAGGUGCAUUCGCCAUCUCCCCACAAGGUUUCAGUCUGCAUUCUGCUCAAGAUCUAUGUCCCCCUGCUCAAAUCUCCCUCCCUUUCCCUUUAUCCUCAGUUGCCCACCACAACCGCCUCGGAUUGUUCUUGCUCUCCCUCACCAAGUCGUGUGAUGAUAUAUUGGAACCAAAAUUGGAUGAACUCAUCCAUCAGUUGAGAAUGAUGAGCCAAAAUUGGAUGUCGACUUGGAUUAUUGAUCAGUUGAUGACUAUGCUGUCGUCUCUGUCGUCACCUGAUGAUUUGUUUAAUUUUUUUAGUGAUAUACGAGGAAUACAUGGGGGUCCUGAUUCGGGUGCCAUUGAAGAUGAUCAAAUUAUUUUGGACCUUAACAGUAACCUGGGCAUAUUUCUUCGGCGCUGUGUGCUUGCUUUCAAUUUGUUAUCAUUUGAGGGUGUGUGUCACCUCUUGACAAACAUAGGGAUAUACUGUAAAGAAGAAUUCUCAAAUUGUCCUCUUGACAAAGCACCUAGUUUAGAUGAUUCUAGUAGUAAUUUGGAGAUGCAUUUAGAAUAUGAGAACAUGGAACUGGAGAAUUUUGUAUAUGAAAAGGUUUCAGAAGAAAUUGAAGCAAGAAAGGAGGCUAAUGAAAGAAUUCCAUUCCAUCUUCAUGUACCAAAUACGCUUGUGAGUUUAGUUGAUGAUAUUGAUGUUUCGGGUGAUUUGGCAUCUAAACAUAGUGAGAAAGUUAGAGUAGCUAGUCCUUAUGGAGAUCCUUCAAGUAACAUGCUUAGAGAUGAUGAUCCUAGUGGUGCAGUAUUCCUGCGCACAAACUGGCAGGUGCAAGGGUGCUUACAAGAGCAAGCUGAUAUAAUUGAAAAGAAUGGAGGUGUUGUCUCUUUGAAUGGGUUUGAAAUUGUUCUACGACAGCUACAGAAGUUGGCACCUGAACUACAUCGAGUUCACUUUCUGAGUUACUUGAAUAGUCUUUCUCAUGAUGAUUAUAUUGCUGCUUUGGAGAAUAUUCAUUGCUACUUCGAUUACAGUUUCUCUCGAGCCCGUCCUCGUGUUACCAAGUCGUGAGUGAAUUAAUAACCAAACAUAGCGAAAUCCGACCUAUCCACCGGAAACGCUGUUCAUGCUUCCUACCUCCUCCACUCCGGCA